AUGGACACUAUUCAAUCGAACUACAUGGACUCUCCAUCUGAACCUACCUCCGAAUCACAGCAGUACUCAAGUUUUCAGAAUUAUUCUUACUCUUAUCCUGAAAACCCAUCGGAUUCACAUCCCGAAACUCAAUUACAAAAAACCCUAGAUUCAUCACCUAAUCCGGCUAUUGAAGAUGGAGCUCCGAAUGGAAGUUCGCCAAAACCCGAGAUGCCGAAGAUCUUGGUUUCGGAAAAUGGGUUGACCAAUAGCACCGACAGGGAUUUCUCCGGAGGCGAAGAAGAGACGACCAGCAGGAAGCGACGAAGGUCCCGGUGGGAUCCUCCGCCGAGCGAAUCGAGCAACGAUGGGGUUGGACCUGGAGGAGUUGAUAGUAAUAGUGGAACUGGUGGGAGGAAGCGGAAGUCCAGAUGGGCCGAUGACGAGCCCAAGCCCGUGAUUCAGUUGCCUGAUUUCAUGAAGGAUUUUACCGGAGGUAUUGAAUUUGAUCCCGAGAUUCAAGCUUUGAAUAGUAGGUUACUUGAAAUUAGUAGGAAAUUGCAAUCUGGGUUGCCUUUGGAUGACCGUCCCGAGGGUGCUAGGUCGCCUUCUCCUGAACCUAUUUAUGAUAACAUGGGAAUCAGGAUAAAUACUAGGGAGUAUCGUGCUCGUGAAAAAUUGAAUAGGGAGAGACAAGAGAUUAUAUCACAGAUAAUUAAGAAAAAUCCAGCCUUUAAGCCACCUGCAGAUUAUAGGCCGCCUAAGCUUCAGAAGAAGCUUUACAUUCCGAUGAAAGAGUAUCCAGGUUAUAAUUUUAUUGGACUGAUUAUUGGACCAAGAGGGAAUACUCAGAAGAGGAUGGAAAGAGAGACGGGAGCAAAGAUUGUGAUUCGGGGUAAAGGUUCGAUGAAAGAAGGUAGGCUGCAGCAGAAUAGGAAUUUGAAGCCUGAUCCUUCAGAAAAUGAGGAUUUGCAUGUCUUGGUGGAGGCUGAUACUCAGGAGGCUCUUGAUGCUGCUGCAGGUAUGGUUGAGAAGCUCUUGCAGCCAGUUGAUGAGGUUCUCAAUGAACAUAAAAGACAACAGCUUAAGGAGCUCGCCGCAUUGAAUGGAACUAUUAGGGAUGAGGAGUAUUGUAGGUUGUGUGGUGAGCCAGGACAUCGGCAGUAUGCAUGUCCUUCUCGAACUUCAACAUUUAAGAGUGAUGUUUUAUGUAAGAUAUGUGGUGAUGGUGGGCAUCCUACUAUUGACUGCCCAGUGAAGAAUACUACAGGCAAGAAAAUGGAUGAUGAGUAUCAGAGUUUCUUGGCAGAAUUGGGAGGCAGUGUUCCUGAAUCUGCAACCAAGCAAAACUCGGUAACACUUGCCCUUGGCCCUGGCAGUUCAGGAACCAAUCCUCCUUGGGCGAGUAGUAGUAACACUACACAAGCUGGUUUAGGGUCUACCAUAAUCAAGCCAAAGGAAUAUGAUGAGACAAAUUUAUAUAUUGGUUAUCUGCCACCUACUAUGGAGGAUGAUGGUUUGAUCAGCUUGUUCUCUCCAUUUGGUGAAAUUGUGAUGGCUAAGGUUAUCAAGGACAGGCUAUCUGGUCUGAGUAAAGGAUAUGGGUUUGUUAAAUAUGCUGAUGUCCAACAGGCUAAUAGUGCCAUUGCGAGUAUGAAUGGACACAGACUAGAUGGAAGAACAAUUGCAGUGAGAGUUGCUGGUAAACCUCCUCAGCCUACUGUGCCACCUGGCCCUCCUGCUCCAGUAAUGCCGACUUAUCCUGCUCCAAAUCAGCCUGCUGGGGCCUACCCAUCCCAACAGUAUAAUGUAGGUGGUCCAGUUGGUAGUGCACCACUAGGGGGCUAUGGCGGGGCUCCAGUUCCAUGGGGACCACCUCCACCUCCUCCUUAUGCAUCUUAUCCUCCACCUCCUCCGGGUUCAACCCUGUAUCCUCCGCCGCCUCCUUAUGGAAUGCAAUAUCCUCCACCAAUGCCACCAGCAUCUUCUGGUACCUCAUCACAGACUGUUUCUUCUAUUGAUGCCCAACAAAAUUAUGCAUCUUCUGGAGAGUCGCAGCAAAAUUAUCCACCUGGAGUGCAAUCUCAGAGUAGUGCGCCUGCUCAAUCUGCUCCAACUUAUGUCUAUGGAAAUUCUGUGACAUCCAUGCAACCAAAUGCCCAAGCUAUGUAUCCAAUGCCUUCAUACGGUUACCCGUCUUAUUAUGGUUCAGUUCCCCCUCCCCCUCCUCCUGCUGUGCCUCAGCCAACUGUUGACCCUUCCCAAAGUUUGAAUAAUGCUCCUUGGGCCUCGAAUCCACCUGUACCUCCUCCUUCAUCAUCUGUGGAGAAGAGCAGCUAUAGCACAGAUGCAGAAUAUGAGAAGUUCAUGGCAGAAAUGAAAUGA